UCCUCACUGGCGCAUGCUCUACCGACAUCAGUCUCCAGCCCUAGGCCUACAACCCAUAGCUCAACUCCUACCUCUUUUCAAAAACAGCGUGGGGGCCAUCACUGCUUCCAUCCUUCAAUUCCACCAGUUGCCUGCUUUCUCCUACCGAGGCUACGCUCCACGGUAGUAGCCUCCGCGUCAGGCAACGGAUGUCAGCCAACUACGAUUCCGACGACGCACUCCCCAACUCGCCAGGUCUUGCCCCAUUCCGUCCACGCGUCACGCCCUCCCCCUCACCGCCUCCCAUCGUGUCCUGCUAUCCGACCCACCAGAACGUCAGUCAUUCCUCCUCUAGACGUCGCAAGAAGUCUAAUCGGAGAAAGACCAUACCCAGCCAAGGCGACUCCGUCCUCAUCAGCAUCAUGGAUCCGAACCAGCCUGACAUAGCGAGGCAGGCGGGCGAGCGGGCGCUUAAUUCCGAUUCAGGGUCGGAAAAUGAGGACGAAGAGAUGGAGACCAGGAGUCCGACCGAGGUGGCCAGUGUUGAGCGUGCGAACCAGUCCAAGACAGAUGGCGCAUCUCUAGAUCUUUCUAGGGUCGCGCAGAGAGCCCUUAACGUGGAUUCAGACCACACGUUCGCGAAACCGUAUGCCCCGAUACAUCGAGACUCAGUCGUUGAGCCGGAACAUUACGACCCGCUGCGCAAAACUAGCAUUGCGUCUCAUGCCACGGACACGUCGGGAAAUGGCUCACUGCUGUCAGUAAGCGACGCCUUCGCGAGAACACGGACAUAUAGCGUAGUAUCCGUGAACUCUUCAUCAUCGAGAGGAGACGAGCGCAACGGGUCGAUCGCAAACGGCCGUACAGACAGUGGCUCGUCAGGCAAAACCGCCGACCUCCACGAGCUGGCAAUCCCCUCUCGCAGCGGCUCCCCUAGCCAAAAACUCCCCGCACUCCAAACGCCACAGUCGCCGCCUCAAGAAGGUGUUGCACACUCCCCGAACACCCAAAAACAGUCCCUCCCCGGCUUCCGCCACCUCUCCGACCUCGCCGAGACCGCAAUCCAAGAACAAGAGACCCGAGAUAGAAACAACAGCAUCGCACACAGGCAAUCUAUCUCAUCGACCGGCGCUUCACCUACCUCCGUCGGCCGCCAGCUCUCCAUCACGAGUCUGAGCCCUAAUAGCAAUUACGGCCCUCACAGUGCGACGUCACCCGCUGGCGACCCGCAAUCCCAUUCCCACCCCAGUUUCCAGACGCGCGACCCCUUCCUCCGGUCCGGCCAGCACCUCACGCUCUUCGCUUCGUCCACACGGCGACCAUCCCAGGCGUCUGACAGCGGCCCGUACUCUGCAAGUACGCUACAUUCCGCGACGACGAACGACUCGUACCAGUCGUCCGAGGGCGUGAGUCCAGGUGCCCAGGCGACGCCGAUUGAGAUUCGUGGAGGCAGGAAUCUGAGUAUUGAUGGCGCACUCGCGAAUAGGACGUUGCCACCACCGCCGGGCGUGGGGGCGGGUAUGCCCGGCGGUGGGAUAGGAAUUGCGCAUGCGGGGAGUGUGAAUGGAGGGUUCAAGUGCGAUUAUCCCGGGUGUGCAGCGGCGCCGUUUCAGACGCAAUACCUCUUGAACUCCCACGCAAACGUCCACUCCCAAUCGCGCCCACACUACUGCCCCGUCCCCGGGUGCCCCCGCGCUGAAGGCGGAAAGGGCUUCAAGCGCAAAAACGAAAUGAUACGACACGGCCUCGUGCACGCGAGUCCUGGGUAUGUGUGUCCGUUCUGUCCGGACCGUGAACAUAAGUAUCCCAGGCCGGAUAAUCUGCAGAGGCACGUAAGAGUCCACCACGUCGACAAAGACAAGGACGAUCCGCAGCUGCGGGAGGUACUGGCGCAGAGGCCCGAGGGCGGGAGUAGGGGGAGAAGAAGGAGGGUUAGUGAUGUGUAGAUAUCCUCAUGACGACACGAUACGACACGGCUUGGCUUUGGUAUAUCCUUCUCACGGGGCAGGAGGAAGGCAUUCUCUUGGGAUAGUAUGGUUCGAUUUGAUUGGGUUUGUGUGCUGCGAUUUUGCGAAUGGAAGCGAACCAAACGUAUUAGCGUUCGUAAUGGGCGUUCUGGAGCGUGGGCCUGCGUGCAACAACACGUCUCUGUCCCGAGGUUUCUUCUUAUAAUUGUUCUUCCGACUGCCGUGUCAAUGGAGAUUGAGCUGCGGUACUGGAGUGAGGCUUUCUGUCGUUACUAUAUCCUUUCCACGUGGGCUUCGCCGAGGCGCGCUAGAGGGCUGUGUAAGCUUAACUCUAACUUUAGGGCGAGGGCGAAGGACGAUGAUACCGUCGAAGCUGCCGUUGUUAUCUGCGCUAUGACUUGAAGGAGGCGGCGUGGCGCGUUCCUGGAUAUACCACUUCUUUCCU